GAGUUUCAGGGGAUUCAGGUGAAUUCAGUGCCUACCAAACAGUCCAUGGGUCUCCUCCCCACCCACCCUCUUGUCUUGGAGCAUUUAACAGCUGCUUUGCUGUUUAUCAUUUUUGCAUUGGUAAAUAUCUGUCAUGGGCUAAUGCAGUGUAAAUCUUCUGAGACUGAAAGAAGUGGCUAUAGGAAGGCAGUGUGUUGAUCUUUUGGUGUUAACCACACCAUCUGCUAAACCAGUUUGUUAGCAUGUUUUUAUUUAUUUUUGCACAGAUAAAAUUUAAAGAAACAAGCUAUUAUAAAGAUGUUUUACUCUUACAAUGGGAUUUGCUUCUGCACCUCUGCCACCUUCUGUUCUUUACCAAUGGGCUGCCCUUCACUGGUCUUCCUCAGAGCUAGAGGCAGAGAGUCUCACCAUCCUGGUGAGCUGUGUAUGGGCAGGGUGUUUUGGAUUUGGAUUGCCUCUGCAGGUGUCUUGAUACCAGAAGCUCUGGGUGACCAAGUGCCUAAUCUGAAUGCUUCUUUUCUGGUGGAUUGAUAUGCAGCAAAUAUAUGACAAUUGGGAGUAGUCAUGUGGUGUCAAUUUAUCCCCACCAAGUUAAUUUCAAAGAAAGCCAUAACCAGUAUCUUGUCAUUGUCCUCAGAAGUGUUGGAAGUGGGAUUCCGACUGCCUGGGUUUUUAGCAAGGAUCUUUUUUCUGCACAGGAAUCGUCCUGACUGUGUAGCCCUUCCAAAAAGGGCUCCAAUGACUAAUAAGUCUCUGGUGGUUCUUGUGUUUUGGGCUUUAUUUACUUACUACUAUCAGGAUCUUCCCUUUGCUAUGUGUUGACUAAAUAAAUCUGGUCUAAAAUGGAUUUCCUGUUUCUUGAGAAAUAAAUUAAAAUCACUGUAGAAGAGUCCAUUUUUAAACUCAAAUGGAGUUCAGAUUUUUUUAGACCAGUCUAUCACUUCAAGCAGAAAGAGAGGAUGCUUUUUGAUGAAAUAAGUAGUGCUGAAACUGAAUCUCAUCUGUGUGCUUGAUAUGACUUGGUUAUCAAAUGCUGCAUUAUUAUGUGAAUUAGGGUUUAGAUCUGAGUUUGCUAAGUAGUUCAGCUUCUGAUUGACCGUCUUUAGCUCAUCUCUAUUCCUGCUUUUCUUGCCCUCAUUUAGUUGGUGCAUGGCUGUGCUAGAGAAGGACUUUGUUGGGUCAUCUGUGGUGCCAGUGUGAUCUGGAGUUUGCCCUGAUUACUUUCCUGGAAGCAGUAUAACCAGUACCCUCCUUACUGCUGUUGCUGUGGUGUUACUGUCAGGAAAUAAACCUUAGAGUGGUUGUUGGUUCCAGGGAAGUGGAACCAAACCAAACUGCUAAUGUGAAAAGUUGUGUAGUACAGCAGAGUUAAUAACAGCUCUUAUAUUUUCUCAGGCUCCUCACUUGAGCUGUAAACAGCUUUAAACACAUCUUAUGCCAUCCCAGAUGUCUGGAAAGCCCACAAGACAGAGCACUGGAAUGGGGUUGACCAGCCUUGAUCACAGUGUUAGAGACCUGAAGCAAGGAUCCUGACAGAUGCAUAUUCAGUACAGCCUGACUUCUUGAGGAGAACAAGCAUUUCCCUGAAAGUCUGUCCCCUCAAAGCAGCACACAGGACAAGCUUGGAUAGAAGGAGAUACAUGGGACACACAGACAAUUAAACACUGAACAGACGCUGUGCUUCAAGUCCCAAUAUUAGUAAAGGAGGAAUUGGACAAAGGACCUUGAAGACCAUGGAGGGAGACUGUCUGAGCUGCAUGAAAUACCUGAUGUUUCUUUUCAAUUUCUUUAUAUUUCUGGGAGGAGCAUGCCUGCUGGGACUCGGAAUCUGGGUCAUUGUGGAUCCCACAGGUUUUCGAGAGAUAGUGGCUGCCAACCCCCUGCUCUUCACGGGAGCGUACAUCAUGCUGGCCAUGGGAGCAAUGCUCUUCCUGCUGGGCUUCCUGGGCUGCUGUGGUGCCAUCCGUGAGAACAAAUGCCUCCUGCUCUUUUUCUUCAUGUUUAUUUUGUUAAUCUUCCUGGCGGAGCUUUCAGCUGCAAUCCUGGCUUUUAUAUUCAGAGAAAAUCUGACCAGAGAGUUCUUCACCAAGGAGCUGAAGAAGCACUACCAGAGGAACAAUGACACGGACAUCUUCUCUUCCACCUGGAACUCUGUUAUGAUCACAUUUGCCUGCUGUGGAGUGAACGGACCAGAAGAUUUUGAAGAUAUUCGUCACCUUCCAUAUUCCUCUUUGGAAAAGGCAACACCGGAGGCUUGCUGCCAGCGAGAGCUCCAGAGCCGGGAGGGGAUGUUUGUCAACAAGGAAGCUUGUCUAGAAGGCAUUGAGAGAUUUCAGAACCGGCAGGGCUGCUACACCGUGAUCCUGAACUCCUUUGAGACGUACGUGUACCUGGCAGGAGCCCUUGCCAUCGGAGUGCUGGCUAUUGAGCUGUUUGCCAUGAUCUUCGCUAUGUGUCUCUUUCGAGGGAUCCAGUAAGAAGUGGCCCAUGAACCACAAUGUUCCCCACAAGCUCAGAAGAAAGAAGGAAAAUCUGAAGAAACAAAACCUGAAAACGCCCAAAAAAACUUUAUUUUUUUUAACAAAAUGGGACAGGGAUAAAAAAAAUAAAAAGAAAAAAAGAGGGUUGUAAUAUAUGAAUGACCAAAAGGAUUGUACUUCAGGGGCUGGAACUUUGAGGUGAUGUGCACUACACUGUACACCGGACCCUUGCCCAGAGCCACCCACAGCAACCAUGGAGCAGGAGCCCAGAGCCGCCGAUUGCACUAGAGACGGAUGAAGCUGGUGGGGUGAGGGAGGAGGAGCACAGCCGCCUCUCACACCAGGCUGAGCCUACAUUCACCACUUCAUUGUGCUUUAGACAACAAAGGACCCAAGAACAGACAUGCAGGGGCUGCAUAAGGCAACAGAUUGGCCUUGACUGUCCAGGUGGGUUUGAAACAAGCAGUGGUGGCUUGUCUAAGUAGGUGUAGUCAACAUUUGCGUGAUUCUGGCUUUAAUUUCCAGACACAGCAUGAAAACGCUCAUUCUUCAGUGGAAGCUUUGUCCCUGUCAUGUGAAACUUGUCAGAGAUGUCAAGCACUUCAGUGAGGCUGGCUUUUCUCUGGAACUCCAAGCAGGGGCAGUGUGAUCUAACUUAGCAAUGGGACUCAGCUAAGGCUGGCUGAGGGUCGAGAGUUUGGUGCCUACCUUUCUGUUUUUACUAAGAUUUAUUGUUCACUGUUGUGAAAGAGACCAAAUGGUUCCCUGCUGUGUUCCCAUCUCCUGGGGAAAAGAAUGACUGUGGUCAAGCAUCAUUGAUACUGCUGCCUUCCUGAGAAGGGAAGAUAUACUGUUUAAAUCUUGUCAGCCUUUGCCUUUCCUCUGAUACUUGCAAAAAAAUGGUUUGUGGUGCUCUGUUAGCAUAAAUAUUUGCAGUGAUUCCUGCAUGUUUUUCCAGCCUUAAGGGGAGGUCCAGACAUAGUGCUGGAUUGAAGAGGCUGAAGUUUGUCAACCACUCCCAUGCUGUUUUCCUGAACCAGUCUGGUGGAAUAAUUUCUGGUCAGAAAAUUUCCCCUGAGAUUCUCCCAUGGGCUCAUGAUGAAAGUAAUCAAGUCAGAAUUUAGUUGAUAGUGUUUCCUCCCUUGAGAUAGUUUGGUAUUUAACUAAUAUGUCACCUGCUCAAUCAUUUGGAAGUGAACCUGAGAAAGAUGGCUGGGACUGGACCUUGGUCAGAGGUGAUGCUGGAGCUACUGAGACCCCAGGCAGGAUCCAAGAACACCCUGUGUGCAGCCACACUGCUCCAUCUGCUACUAUGGUCAUGGAUAUUGACUUGGACAGGUGACUGGUUUCUCAUCUGGAAUCAUCAAUCCCUGAUGCCUUAAUUGUUCAUCUGGUCACUUACUCCCUGACCCCAAACUCAUUUUACCUGGGGAAUGACAGAUGGGGAUGUGGUUUCUUGUUUAGAUUAGGUCUUUUUACAGAUUUUAUAGGCUCAGAUUAUGGGAGCACUUUUAUAUAGACUCAAGCCAGCUCCUCUGAAAACUGUAAUCUCUGGAAGGAAGGAGCAGAGCAUUAAACUUUGUGCCCAGGUUUUGCAGCAGCAGCACGUUCAUCCUCUGGCUGUUGCCUUAGACCCCUGGGGCAGUGUCCCUUGAGCUCUCCCAGUGGCAGUGCACAGACUACAGGCAAGGAAGGAAAGGAGCAGAAAGCUGGGGCCACAAUAGACAAAGAUUAUAACUAAGUAUCGAGGUUGGAGAAUCAGGAUACUAGGGAACAGGAAGGAGGCAUUAGGAGCUUUUCCAAGCUUCAUUUGAGAACAAUUUAUGCAAUGGCAAGAGAGGGCUGGGCAGGUAGAGCUGCAGCCCCCCCAUGCUGCAGUCAGCAUAUUCCAGCAACAAAAUAUGUUGCCAGGGCUGCUGAGCAGCAUCAGAUGUUGCAUUAAACCUUCUGGAAAUCUGUUCAGAACUAUUUCCCUCUGGACUUCCUUGUAAUGAGGCAUUUUAGCAUUAAUCUCUGGUCUGUUGUUUAAUAAAGAAAAACAGUUUUGUUAGCCAAAACCCAGCAGUAUUUGUCCUGGACAGCAGGUGCUGCACUUAAGAUAAGAAAAAUCUGUUCCAUCUACCAGUCUUGUAGGGAAUGGGCUGAGCAGAAAGCAAGCUUAUCUGUUCUCCUUCUGCCUCAGGAGCUGGUGUCAGCGACUGUUCUGGGACAGCAAUUCCCAGGGAAGGAACAAAACUGUCAGCAGAGUUGGUAAUUUGGCUGGAGGUGAUCGAAAGAAGCAGAACUGCCUCCCCCAGUCUCCAGUUUCUUCCUUUCCCCUCAGUUUAUUAUGUAGAGUUCUCAGGUCAGAGCCUGGCUGGCAAAGAUCCUCAUUUGUGCAUGGUGGGUGGCUGAAGGGGAAAAAAGCCUUAAAGCCUUUUUCUGCCACCAGUAGCAUGGGGGAAAAAACCUGAAAAAACCUGUUAGAGCUGGGGGAACCAGACCAAAGCAGCCAGAGCACUAAGUACUAAAUAUACAUGCCUGAAAUAAGAUCGUGGCUGGCUUGUUUCUCUUAGGCUUUUCUAAUUCUGUACUCAUUGCUUUGUCUGUUUUUAGCUUUCUUGCUUUCCCUCUCUCCCUAAUGGUAGUCCCCUGUAUCUUCAAAAGGAUCUCUUCUUCAUCUGUUAUUCUGGGCUGUGCACAGCUGUUUCUCCUCUCCUACCUUUUCUGAUCCCCCACUGCUCUUUGCUGUGUGAAGACUUCAAAUCCUCUCUGCAGGCUGCCUCACGUGCCACUGGGAACACAGCUCAAAAGGCCAGGCAGCAACUCCAAACAAGAACUGGAGAUAGCUGUAAAGAUACAUGCAAGUCUGAGAGGAUCUGUAGCAGUCGGUAACAUGCAGAAGGAAUUGCCUUGGGGGAAUUUAAUGAACAAGCAAGCCCAGAAAGCAGACUCCCACUGUACGGCAAAGCAUGUAAAUUUGUUGGUUUUGUCCCUUGGUUUUGUGGCUGUCCCCUCUGUGGUACAGUAGUUAUCAGAACUGUAGGCAGUUGUAUUUUUGUAUUUGUUUUUAACAACUCUGGUGAGUAUUUUGGGGGCCAGGGGCUCAAGCCGAAGUCACUGCUGGCUGGAGAACUCUCGGCAGGCUGGAGAGCAGAAGGAGCUGCCAUCUCCUUUGCUGUAGCACUGUGACCAUGGCCCAAGCACCUUGGAGGGAGUAGUAGAGACUAGACUGGGCCAGCCCCCAGCCCCUCUCAGCAUCCCUGCCUCAUGGUUGCUAUUUAAUGCUCCAAUGACUGUCACAAAUGCCUGGGAAAAGGGCUGGGUGUGAAAUAAUGUUUGAAAUAUAUUUUAAAAAAAUGUAAAUGUUCUUUUUAUUAGAUAGUGGAGCUAAUUUAUCCUGUAUUCCCUACUGUAAUGUUUUUUAUAUUGAAAGGAAAUUUUUUUUUUGUAAUAUAAACCAGAACACAAGCCUGAAGCACUCUCUGCACGGUUUUUGUGUGCAUUUCUUAAAAAAACCCCAAAAAUAAAAGAAAGAUAUUGUGACA